ACCAUGUUGAAGACCCGCCAGUGUUUACUUGGUAUUCGCACUUUCCUCGGUGUAACUUCCAGACUAUGGGGCUUCAUCAUGUACAUCCUCAGGAAGUACUUAAGAACGAUAAUCCAGUAUCAGACAGUGCGGUACGACACCUUGCCUCUGUCACCUAUCUCGAGAAACAGACUAAAUGCAGUAAAAAGGAAGAUUCUGGUCCUGGAUCUGGAUGAGACUCUGAUCCAUUCUCACCACGAUGGUGUCCUCAGACCUACAGUGAGACCUGGCACACCACCAGAUUUUAUCCUAAAAGUGGUCAUAGAUAAACACCCUGUUAGAUUCUUUGUACAUAAAAGACCACAUGUGGACUUCUUUUUAGAAGUGGUGAGCCAGUGGUAUGAGCUGGUGGUUUUCACAGCAAGUAUGGAAAUCUAUGGCUCAGCUGUUGCAGACAAGUUGGACAACAACAGGAACAUCCUGAAACGCAGAUACUACAGACAGCAUUGCACAUUGGAUCUAGGUAGUUAUAUUAAAGACCUUUCCGUAGUACAUGAUGACCUGUCCAGUAUUGUCAUUCUGGAUAACUCGCCUGGUGCUUAUCGCAGCCAUCCAGACAAUGCAAUACCCAUUAAGUCCUGGUUCAGCGACCCAAGUGACACAGCACUUCUUAACCUGCUGCCUAUGCUGGAUGCACUAAGGUUCACCGCUGAUGUCCGCUCCGUCCUCAGUCGAAACCUCCACCAGCACCGGCUGUGGUGAUUUUCUGGUUGGAGAGGGGUAGCUGCUUCCUCUGCACCAGCCUCCAUCCACCUUUGUUUCCUCCUCUGACGCCCACCAUCCUUCUGUGAGCCUCUCAGGCAGAUCCUGCCGAGAAGAGGGUUGGACAGUGUGUGUGUGUGUGGGGGGGGCAAAUAUAUGAACAGUACUGGAUCACCUCAGCCAAGGAACUACUGAGGAAGGAGGAGGCAGCUUUCCCUCUUCACUCUGUAUUUGGUUUUGUUUUUUGUUUUGUUUUUCAAUACAAAUGGAGCAUCUCUGCCUUAUCGCUCCUGAUACUGACUAUGAAUGGAAGUUAGUCUGUGACUAAGCUGUCUGACUUCAUUUGCCCUUUUUAAAAAAUUUUUGACAUCUGGGAGAUGUGUGAGUGGAUCAGCGUAGCGACGGACAAGUCGACCUUUCCUAUUCUCCAUCAACACCAGUUGUUGCACUUCAGCAGAAAGCGCUUGUAUUCACCCUCUUCACCUCAUGGGACUCCUGGGGAGAUUUAGAGAAUCAACAUUUUUUUUCUUUUCUGACCAACCUCAUAUACCUCAACAGUGAUUGUUUCUUGAGGUACUGUUUUGGAAAAAAAAUAAGCAAAUUUUUCUUUCUAAAAAAGAUAUAAUUCUAAACAAAAAUAACAGAGCUCUUUGUGACAUCAACAGCCUGAUAUUAAAAAAAAACAUUCAGCCAUAAACCACCAUUGAUUUAUUCUCAUAUGUGAUAUAAGCUGGACUUGAAAAAUGUAUAACAAAAGAACGGCUUCUUUUAAACGUGGACUGCCUUGAUGUGUAUCCAUAUCUCAUCAGUUGACUGAGGUCAUGGCAUAUGAUAACUUUGGCACAGCUUGCCCUCUUGAUUGAAUAUGAUCUGCACUUGAUUUUUGUCCUGUUUUUGUUGCAGUCGUUUUUCAGUCCACGUUUUAGCCAUCAAUUUUAGAUCUCCCAAUUGUUGAGCGUCAUACGUCCAACUCAUCAUUUCAAAAUGCCUUGACGUCAUUCUGGUUAAGGCUCACAGCAGCUUCUUCUGCUCCGUCUCCUGGUCUGUGUUACUAAUAAAACACUUGUCAGUAUCAACCUAUGACCACCCUGCCUGUCUUCUUUACAAGCUUCAAGAGGUUGCGGGUCGCUCAUCUGAGAUUGGGGUCGAACCAGGUCAUAUUUGGGCAAUUUGCUGCCCUCCUGUGGUGAAAACACCCUUUUGAUGGCGCGACUUCCUGGUCUUCAUUGGUGGUCUCAGCUCCAUCAAAACGAGGCGAGCCCAAGUUAACAGUAGGGCUGACGUGGAACUCAAUACUCACACAGUUUUUCAGUUUAAUGUCAUGUCAGAAGGAAAUGGUUGUGAAAACGUUUUGCAUGCCCCUAUACUUGUAUUUGAUGAUGCACAAAUAUGUAUUUACUUAUCACGUUAAUGAUGAACAUUGUUCCUGGGACGUGUGCGUGAUGAUAUCAAACAUCCGUAAUGAAGUGCACAAUGUCUAGUAUCCUUUUCCAUAUCCUUUUUUUUUUU